AUGGACAGCCAGGGAAGGAAAGUGGUGGUUUGUGACAAUGGAACGGGGUUUGUAAAGUGUGGCUAUGCAGGCUCAAACUUCCCUGAGCACAUCUUCCCUGCGCUUGUUGGAAGGCCCAUCAUCCGCUCCACCGCCAAAGUUGGAAAUAUUGAGAUAAAGAAUGCUCAGAAGAUGGACCUUAUGGUGGGAGAUGAGGCCAGUGAACUCCGCUCCAUGCUGGAGGUCAACUACCCCAUGGAAAAUGGUAUUGUUAGAAACUGGGACGACAUGAAACACUUGUGGGACUACACAUUUGGCCCAGAAAAGCUCAAUAUUGACUCUCGUAACUGCAAGAUCCUUCUCACGGAGCCUCCCAUGAACCCGACAAAGAACAGGGAGAAAAUCAUUGAGGUCAUGUUUGAGACCUACCAGUUUGCAGGAGUCUAUAUUGCAAUUCAAGCUGUGUUGACAUUGUACGCUCAAGGGCUGCUCACUGGAGUGGUGGUGGACUCUGGCGACGGUGUGACGCACAUAUGUCCAGUGUACGAGGGCUUCAGCCUGCCGCACUUAACAAGACGUCUGGACAUUGCAGGCAGAGACAUUACUCGCUACCUCAUCAAGUUGUUGUUGCUGAGAGGGUAUGCAUUUAACCACUCUGCUGACUUCGAGACAGUGCGGAUGAUGAAGGAAAAGCUUUGUUAUGUUGGCUAUAACAUUGAACAGGAGCAAAAGCUUGCUCUGGAGACUACGGUGCUAGUAGAGUCAUACACGCUGCCAGAUGGCCGUGUGAUCAAGGUGGGAGGAGAGCGUUUUGAGGCUCCUGAGGCACUGUUCCAGCCUCACCUCAUCAACGUGGAGGGUGUCGGUGUGGCAGAGCUGCUCUUCAACACCAUCCAAGCUGCUGACAUAGACACUAGGACUGAGUUUUACAAACACAUUGUGUUGUCGGGAGGAUCCACCAUGUACCCUGGUCUGCCCUCACGACUCGAGAGGGAGCUCAAACAGCUUUACCUGGAGCGUGUACUCAAAGGAGAUGUAGACAAGCUUUCAAAAUUCAAGAUCCGAAUCGAGGACCCUCCGAGGCGAAAGCACAUGGUGUUUCUAGGGGGAGCUGUGCUGGCCGACAUCAUGAAGGACAAGGACAGCUUCUGGCUCACCCGAGAAGAGUAUCAGGAGAAGGGGGUGCGUGUGCUGGAGAAACUCGGAGUCACCGUCAGAUAA